AUGGUGGCGCUGAGCUUCGGGGCGCUGUCGCUGAGCAGCUCCCCGCAGGUGAAGAACUCGUGCCCGUUCUGGGCCGGCUCCUCGGUGAUACUCUCUGGAAUCAUAGGAUUAACAACUUGGAAAAGGCCUAUGAUACUCUUGGUAAACCUUUUUGUGCUGCUCUCUGUGGUUUGUGUCCUCCUGAAUCUAGCUGGAUUUAUCCUAGGCUGCCAAGGGGCCCAGUUUGUGUCCAGUGUACCCAGGUGUGAUCUGGUGGACUUGGGUGAAGGCAAGAUUUGCUUCUGUUGUGAAGAAUUUCAACCAGCCAAAUGCACAGAUAAAGAAAAUGCCUUGAAACUCUUUCCGGUUCAGCCUUGCAGUGCUGUUCACCUUCUACUCAAGAAAGUUCUCUUUGCCCUGUGUGCCUUGAAUGCCCUUACCACCACCGUCUGCUUGGUGGCCGCAGCCCUCCGCUAUCUGCAGAUAUUUGCGACCAGGAGAUCGUGCAUUGAUGAAUCCCAGAUUUCUGCAGAGGAAGUGGAAGAUCACGGGCGUAUCCCAGACCCAGAUGACUUCGUACCACCCGCGCCACCCCCCUCCUAUUUUGCCACCUUUUACUCGUGCACGCCCCGGAUGAACCGCAGGAUGGUUAGUCCUGAUGUUAUUCCACUGCCGCACAUCUACGGAGCUCGAAUCAAAGGCGUGGAAGUGUUCUGUCCUCUGGACCCCCCGCCCCCGUAUGAAGCUGUGGUGAGCCAGAUGGACCAGGAGCAGGGGUCUUCAUUCCAAAUGCCAGAGGGAUCGGAAGCUGCUGCGAGCCUGUUGGAACCAGUCUGCACACAAGUGACUCAAGGUGGGGACAUUCAUAACACACCUGUAGAAGAAAGCACAUCCAUGUCAACUCCCAGCUCAAACCAGGCGCUUCCUGCGAGAAGCCAGAGAGCCCCCCAACCCCUGAGGACAAGAUCAAAGAGUGACCCUGUGCUCCACCAUUCCGAGGAGAGAGCCGCCCCAGUGCUCAGCUGUGAAGCUGCUACUCAGACUGAAAGGAGACUGGACCUGGCUGCGGUGACUUUGAGGAGAGGCCUGAGACCGAGAGCUUCACGAUGCAGACCGCGGUCAUUAAUAGAUUACAAAUCUUACAUUGACACCAAGCUGCUGGUGGCGAGAUUCCUGGAGCAGUCCUCCUGCAGUAUGACCCCAGACAUCCAUGAACUUGUAGAAAACAUUAAAUCUGUUUUGAAGUCCGAUGAGGAGCACAUGGAGGAAGCCAUCACAAGUGCCAGUUUCUUGGAACAGAUAAUGGCCCCGUUGCAGCCUGGCACGUCCAGGGCCCACGUGCUGCCCUCACGGAGACAGCCUGGCCUGUUGCACCUGCGGAGCUGCGGUGACUUGAGUACCUUCGCCCCGGCCGGGAGGCCACGAGCCGGGAGGACACCCCGGAGAGCAGAGGCUGAGCGGCCGCACAGCCUCAUUGGGGUCAUCCGAGAGACUGUCCUGUGAACCUGGAAGACAGAAGGCCACUCCAAGGGGAAGGAUCCCCCUCCUCUCUGUGCCGUUUCCCAGCUGGGAGUUGGGGUCCCCCUGAAACUCCUCAAAAAGAGGGGUACUCUGGAGAACAUUUGUUUCCCUCUUUGCUCCCCUUUUCACUGACCAAGUGCAUUCAAAAGUGAACGAAUAGGUUCUUCCAGGCCCAUCUGGGUUUGGAUGCACUGAGCUGGAAGUUGUGACAGCAGCGACUCUCCUUCCCCUGCUGGGUCUCGCUGCAUUCCCGAGGUCACAUGCUUUGGUAUGGGCAGAACCUGGGCCGACGACUCUGUGCCCACCUCACCCCCCUCAUGUCCCUCUGUGGCUGAGUUCUUUCCCUCUCAGAAGGACAGAUCUGCCGGGCUGCUACUUAUAGCUACCUGCGGCCUUGCAUUGCUCCACAGGAGAGGAAUUGUCAGCAGACAUGGGGACCGACCCCCACGUGUCUGUUGUCCUCAAGCCUCGUUUUAGGCCACCCUCCCUUUAGAAAAAACGGGAAACUUUUUAAGUGGCAAAUUUUAAUGAAAAUCAUUUACAGGGAGAAUUAUUGUUGAUUCUAUUUAUUCAUGCUUGUAAAACUAGAGGCACCUGAAGCAAAACUGAGAAUAAAAACGUUUCCUUGGGA